AUGUCGUUCGAUUGGCUUAAUGUACCGGGUCUGAAUGUUAAGGACGGACCGGAGAGUUCUGCAGGCAGUGCGCCGCCACCUACAGUAUCGUUCAACUUCAGUGAGGAACAACGGGAAGACGAGUCGGCGGGCCGCAGGACGCAGGAUACGCAGGAGGAGUACAGAGAGACAGCAGAGGACCUGCGAGUGCCGCUGUCACUUUCGGGGAGCCAGCUGGCGCCGGAGGAGCUGAAGACGUAUCGACUGUGGUACAAGUGCAUGGUAUCGCGGCGACGUUCGCGGACGCUACGUCUGGAGGAGGACAUCUUCCGGUUUCUGGGAAACUUCCAGCUAAGUGAUUCCGUGAAGGAGCGGACGCGGAGCAUUUUCCGGACGUGUCAGAUGGCGGUGAGCCCGGGACAGUUCUAUGCGAUCAUGCGCACGAUAGCACACGCAUUGCAGGCUAAUGUGUUGCCCACGCGGCGGAUGAUUCUCGAGCGAGCUGCGGUGCCUGAGCCGCGGUCUAUUCUCUCGCUGGACGCCGGGCAGGAGACGUACGAGGAGGUGGAGGAAGACCCGAAGAGCGCUGCAGACAACCGUGUGGAUUUUGACAGCUUUGCGUCGCUGCUGCUGACAGGGAAGACUGUACGCAAGAACAUUCGGCGUAAGAUUAACAAGCGAAACGGGCGGGUCAAGAAGGUCUCAUUCUCGGAGAACCUGGUGACCUUCCACGAGGAGCUACCGGAGGAAGAGGCCGCGGAAGACGCGGCCGACGGCAGCGAGGACCCGAACGAGCCCCUGGACUUCUCGAUGCCGAUGGACCAACUGCUUAAGAAGAUGGCCGAGCGCAAGACGCGCAACACUGCUCUUGUCUCCGAAGCGCCGAAACAGCCGGAAACCGUGGAGGAGCGCGAGGAACUUGCCGAUAUGCGCGACUCGUUGAACCAUUUCAAACACAUACAGACCGCCGAUAACGUCGCACAGGGCUCCUUUGCGACGCAGUAUAUGGCUUCCGUGUCGUCCAAUGCAGACUCCGGCGAGGAGCCUGCGCUGGAGCCUCUGAAGCCCACGGCCACGGGGUCUGCGAACCACCUCUUCCGCUCUCAUAUGCAAGCGACCAUAUCGUCUUUCACAAAGGCGCCUGCCGCUCCUGUCACUACACCGCUUUUGCACCAGUCCGAACCCAGCGCACCAGAUACCCAGGGCCCGCGCAGUGAACUCCAAGGCCCAAGCGGCGCCCGAACGCAACUGUCCACUCCUGCGCUGCAAGCACAGGGUACGGGCUACUAUGCACAGAAUGGCGCCCCGCAGCAAGCAUCCACUCCCGCCUUGCAGGCGCAGGGCACGGGCUACUACCAACAGAACGGGACGCAGCAGCAGGUGAUCACUCCCGCUCUGCAAGCCCAAGGCACAGGUUACUACCAGCAGAACGGCGCCUCACAGCAAGCAUCCACUCCCGCCCUGCAGACGCAGGGCACGGGCUACUACCAACAGAACGGGACGCAGCAGCAGGUGAUCACUCCCGCUCUGCAAGCCCAAGGCACAGGUUACUACCAGCAGAACGGCGCCCCACAGCAAGCAUCCACUCCCGCCCUGCAGGCGCAGGGCACGGGCUACUACCCGCAGAACGGGACCCAACAGCCGGCGGCCACUUCCAUACACCAGGCACACAACGCUGGCUUCCCCCAGCAGGAUUCUUCUUCGUCUGCACACCAGGCGCAGGCCCCGGGGCUGUACCGUAAUACUGCAUCGCCGCUGUCGGCGCCUACGCUCCAGGUCCAGGGUUCUGCAUAUUAUCAGAAUAGCAACCCGCCGCUUCCGCCUCAGGCCACAGGCUAUUACCAGGGGGGCAACCCGCCACUGCUGCAGGUUCAGGGCACAGGCUACUACCAGCAAUCCCAGGACUCAGGUUCUGUGCCCGCCAAUCGCUCCUCGACGCCUGUCCUGCAGCCCCAGUCGACCGGUUACUACCGCUCUUCUUCACCGAUGCACUCGCCAAUGCAUCUUCCCGCCAUGGUCUCCCAGCAAUCGCCGCAGCCAAGCCAUUCUUUGCUCGCCGUCCCAGACCCGCAGCGUCCAUACUAUGGCGGUGGCUUCCAGCCCUCCUCUUCACCCUCAUCCACCAACCAGCAUACCGCACCAUCUCAAUAUGCCCCCACAAGCGGAUAUGUGAUACCGAAUACCCAGCCGGGCUAUGCAGCGCUUUCCUCCCAUCCCUCGCAGCACGAACCCGCCUAUCUUGCUGCUAACCGCUAUGGCUCACCGAACCCUCCUUUUUCGUCGUCGCCCUUACUUCAUCAGCAACAUCUCCCCCACAACAACUUCUUGCAGCCCCCUCAGCAUGCAUCUCAACCAUUGCCGCCUAAAACCAACAUCAUUGGCGACCUCAGGGCGCUUCAGCAGCAGGUGGACCGGAUCCAUCAUUCGUACACCAGAAGAUAG